AUGGGAGAUCAAGAUGUUAAUAAAGAUGUGUCGGACAACCGAUCUGACAUGUUGGAGAUGGAGUCUCAAAUUCAUAAGGAGAAUGAUGAUUUGACCCCUGAGAAUGAUGUUGAAAAUGAUGCUAAGAAUAUUGUUACCAAUAACCCUGAAAACAAUAUUUCUAAUUUUAAGAAUAGAAAAUCUGCAACAAAAGGAAAGAAGGCUCAUGCAGUAGAAGAUAUGGAGAAAGAUGUUAAUGACAACUUGAAAGGCAUAGAUGUGCCUAUGAACAAGAAAAGUAAUGAUAUUGUUACUAGAAAUAAGGAACAACUUAUAUCACAAGACUAUGCUUAA